AUGACAGGACGCACACCACUGUUUAAUGUUUCUGACUCCUCCCUGUGCUUCCACCACACAUCACCUGCUCCACCGUUGUCAGAGGACGGUUCCUAUAAGAUAAUGGGAGCAGACGCCCCGCUGCAGGAGAUAUGGACACCUUUGGGCUUUAUCUUCUGGAACAUCGACUGCAGAGACACAACACAGCCUCGAGAAAUAAAAGAAAGAAAGAAGACAAAAGUACUGCAGCCGGACUUUGGUUCCUAUCCCUCGGACUUUAGCGCUGUCACCAUGCGAGGCUGCUGGCUCUGCUGCUUCUUCGGAGUGUGGUGGAGCGCGUACUACUGCACCGUCCCUGUCUCCGGGAGGAACAACUUCUCUCUGGAUGGAAACAACGAGGUGCACCCGGGGUUCAUCCACCGGAGACUGAGGACGCACGAGAAACGGGAGAUGCAGAAGGAGAUUUUAUCCAUCCUGGGACUACCGCACAGACCGAGACCGCAUCUGUCCCACGGGAAAUACAACUCUGCGCCGCUGUUCAUGUUGGACUUGUACAACACCAUAUCCAGCGAGGAAAAGAGCCAGGUGGAGGGCGUGUUGGACCGAUACAGCCCACUGCGAACCACGCAAAGUCCGCACAUGGCCACGCUCCAGGAAACUGCCUUUCUCAAUGACGCGGACAUGGUCAUGAGCUUUGUCAAUUUAGUGGAGUUUGACCGGCAGCUCUCCCCUCAGCGACGGCACCAUAAAGAGCUGAAGUUCAACCUGUCCCAGAUCCCAGAGGGGGAGGCGGUCACUGCGGCCGAGCUCCGACUCUACAAGGAGUGUGUGAGCCGCGCCUUCCCCAACGACACCUUCCUCCUGAAGGUCUACCAGGUGGUCAAGGAACACCCCGACAGGGAGGCAGAUCUCUUCCUGCUGGAGUCGCGGAGACUCUGGGCGGCGCAGGAAGGAUGGCUGGAGUUUGAUAUCACAGCCACCAGUAACCUUUGGAUCAUGAGUCCUCCGCACAACCUGGGCCUGCAGAUCAGCAUCGAGAGCAGCAGCGGUCAAAGCCUCAGCUCCAGGGAGGCAGGUCUCGUGGGUCGUGACGGAGCCGUGGAGAAGCAGCCUUUUCUGGUGGCGUUUUUCAAAAUCAGCGAGGUGCACAUCCGGACGGUUCGAUCAACCGGAGGCAAACGGCAACGGCAACAGAACCGCAACCGCUCCACACAACCGCAGGACGGGCACAGAGGAGGCGCCCCCGCAGAUUACAACAGUAGUGACCAGAAGACCGCCUGCAGGAGACACGAGCUCUACGUCAGCUUUCGAGAACUGGGCUGGCAGGACUGGAUCAUUGCUCCUGAAGGAUACGCCGCCAACUACUGCGAUGGCGAAUGCUCCUUCCCUCUGAACGCCCACAUGAACGCCACAAACCACGCCAUCGUCCAGACGCUGGUGCAUUUGAUGAAUCCCGAGAACGUCCCGAAGCCGUGCUGCGCCCCGACCAAACUGCACGCCAUCUCCGUGCUGUAUUUCGACGACAACUCCAACGUCAUUCUGAAGAAGUACAAGAAUAUGGUCGUGCGGGCGUGCGGCUGCCAUUGA